AGACGACGAAAACGACGACGACACAGUGGCUGGCGGGCGAGUAGUCAAGUUGAACCGGUUUCUACUACGCUACACCUACCAUGCAGACACCCAGCUACCAGCUUAAUAUAAUAAAGUGCCGCGUAGGAAGCUACACGAGCAUACCUCUCCCCUGACAUAAUUCACGCCGCCUCUCGUUAGUAACCCGAGGAUGACCGCUGGUAGCGAAGCAGAGCUGAUCCGGCUCAUGACGGCGUACGACAAUUCCCACGAACCGAAACCGUCCUUCAACCACCCGGCUACCGUGUACGGCUUGGUAAUCCCAUUCAUGACUAUCUCAUAUGUAUGCGUGGUGUUGAGGAUAUAUACCCGUAUCAAGCUAGAUUGCUUGGGCUGGGAUGAUCUUUUCGUCGUCCUCUUCAGAAUAUCGGCUACGAUUGGCACUGUAUUCCUAUGCUUGUCCCUGAAUAGCGGCUUUGGAGAGCACAUCUUGACAAUCGGUUAUGCCAACAUAGUCGAGUUUCAAAAGAAAUUCUACGUAUGCCUAGCCACCUAUACUGUCUCUACAACUCUCGUGAAACUAUGCCUCUUGUCGCAGUACCUCCGCAUCUUCGAACCCGGAACCCAUUCUAGGCUGCUCUGCUGGAUCGGAUUAGCCAUCUCGGCGGUCUGGGGCGCCGCCUUCUCCUUUUGCGCUUUAUUCCCGUGCUUCCCCGUUUCCGGCUUUUGGGACUGGGCGGAGCCGGCGCACUGUUACGGGUUCGGCUCUAAAGUGCCCUCACAAAUCGCGGGGAUGUUCGCGGGUCACACCGGUUCCAAUGCUGUCUUAGACGCUAUGGUGCUCGCCAUCCCCGUACCGUUGUACUUUAAGGGGUCGACGGCGUGGAGGCAACGGUUAGGGGUCGGCAUUCUCCUCCUCCUCGGCCUAGUUGUCAACCUCCUCAGCAUAUGGCGCCUGCAAAGCAUUGUUGAGCACAAGGCUGGCACACACCCGGUUUUGGAUCCGACGUGGUACGGGCCCAGGAGCAUCAUCCUAGCCGCUCUCGAAGUCGACCUUGCCAGCAUCUGUGCUUCCAUCCCGACCUUCUGGCCCGUACUCGCCCGCUUCGGCUUGCUCGGCACCAUCUUCGUCACGCAAGAGGUCCACAUCACGCGUCAGCAUCGUCGCAUCUCCUGCGACUCCGAAGAUAGCCAAUACGGGCUGAGGCAACCGUCACAACAGCAGAACGGUAACCAUCUUGACGCUGACGCGGGUCAGGACGCCGUUAACACCUACGCCGUGAGACUGAAGGCUAUGAGAGCGGUUGCACACGAUAAACAUUACCAAGACGACUUUGUCCUCGACAGCGUCAUCCCCCCCGGUGUGUACGACAAGGAGAUCGCAACUCGAUCUCAAGUCAAGUCAGACGGGCAGCAGGGAUUCGAGAGAGAACGAGAGCGUUUGCAUCUAACCAUUGCGAAGAGCGACAGAAGUAGUAAGUAGUGCGGGGAAUUACAUAGGAUUGCUCUGAUGAAACGUCUGGGAGCCCUAGGAUUUCGUAACCAUACUCUUUUUGUUCAAAGAUACCCUAAACUUGAAUAUCUUCCAUCCAUGCCUAUCCCGUCUCCAG